CCUGCCACUGCCAUCUCUCACAGCAGAGCAGCCAUGGCCAGCAACUACACUAGCAACUACUUCAACGGCACGCAGUCCUUCACUGAGUCUGACAUCACCGUUAUUGGAGUUUACUUUCUGGUGAAUGUCGCCGUGGGAAUCUGGUCAUCCUGCAGGGUGAGCAGGAACACGCUCAGCGGGUACUUCCUGGCUGGACGGGACAUGGCAUGGUGGCCGAUUGGAGCCUCUCUGUUUGCCAGCAGUGAGGGCUCAGGGCUCUUCAUUGGGCUGGCUGGCACAGGGGCAGCUGGGGGCAUUGCUGUGGCAGGGUUCGAGUGGAGCGCUACCUACGUACUGCUUGCGCUGGCGUGGGUUUUUGUUCCUGUGUACAUCUCCUCUGGGAUUGUAACCAUGCCGGAGUACUUGGGCAGGCGGUUCGGAGGGGAACGGAUCCGCAUGUACCUGUCAGCGUUGUCCCUAAUGUUGUCCGUCUUCACCAAGAUCUCAACAGACCUUUACUCUGGGGCACUGUUUAUCCAAGUGUGUCUAGGCUGGAACCUCUACCUGUCCACAGUGCUGAUGCUGGUGGUUACCGCGUUCUACACCAUUGCAGGUGGCCUGGCUGCUGUGAUCUACACAGACACCCUGCAGACUGUCAUCAUGAUCGCUGGAGCGAUCAUCCUGACUAUCACAGCUUUUGACAAGAUUGGUGGCUACAGCAACCUGGAGGGGGUAUACCUGCAGGCCAUCCCAACAAAGAUCAUCCCCAAUACCACAUGCCACCUGCCCCGUGCUGAUGCCAUGCAUCUCUUCCGUGACCCAGUGGUGGGAGACCUGCCCUGGCCUGGCAUGACCUUGGGUCUCAUCAUCCUUGCAACGUGGUACUGGUGCACUGACCAGGUGAUUGUCCAAAGGUCACUGUCAGCCAAGAACCUCAGCCAUGCUAAGGGCGCCUCUAUCUUGGCUAGCUAUCUGAAGAUGCUGCCCAUGAUCUUCAUCAUCUUACCUGGAAUGAUCAGCAGAGCUCUGUACCCAGAUUCAGUAGGAUGCGUGGAUCCAGAAGAGUGUAUUAAGGUGUGUGGACUAGAAGUGGGCUGCUCCAACAUUGCCUUCCCCAGACUGGUCAUUGAUCUAAUGCCCAGUGGCCUGCGAGGGCUGAUGAUUGCAGUGAUGAUGGCUGCCCUCAUGUCCUCCCUCACUUCCAUCUUUAACAGCAGCAGCACCCUUUUCACUAUGGACAUCUGGAAGAAGUACCGUCGAGGAGCCAGCGAGAAGGAGCUGCUGCUGGUGGGCAGGAUUGUGACAGUGAUCCUGGUGGUCAUUAGCGUGGUCUGGAUCCCAAUUUUACAGAGCGCCAACAGUGGGCAGCUCUACGUCUAUAUCCAGUCUGUCACCAGCUAUCUGGCCCCACCCGUCACUGCCAUCUUUGUGCUUGCUGUAUUCUGGAAGAGGACCAACGAGGCGGGAGCAUUCUGGGGUCUCAUGGUGGGUCUGGUGGUGGGCCUCGCCCGAAUGAUCCUGGAGUUUGCGUACCCUCCACCCCGCUGCGGUGUGCCAGACCCCCGCCCUGCCGUGCUGCGCAGCGUCCACUACCUCCACUUUGCCAUCAUCCUGUGCGCGCUGACCGCUGGGGUCGUGGUGGUAAUCAGCCUGCUCACACCUCCACCCUUGGAAGAGCAGGUGCGGUGCCUGACGUGGUGGACACUGAGCCAGGAGAAUAUAGACCGUGAAAUCCCUCUGCAGAAAGUGUCCUCUGUGAGUGAUCACACACAGCAAAGAACGGAAGGUGCUGAGCCACAGCGACGGAGGAAAUAUAUUCGUGGUGCUGCAUUCUGCAGUUCCCGGGCCAAUGGACCCACGAGCCCUCCACUAAACACCGUCCAGAGCACCAGAGAGAAUCCCUUCUGGUCCAGAUUCUGCUGCGUUAAUGCCAUCAUCCUCAUGUGCGUCAACAUCUUCCUCUAUGCAUACUUUGCAUAACCUCCACAAACCAUUUCAAUCCCUCCUGGAUUACACUGAAUGCAUUCUCUUAAUGUCAAAUGUACUUAAAAUAUCUUGAUUUUUAACUAUUAUUUAUUGAUGAUUAUCAAAGUGCUUUACAUCAGAGGAAUUGUCAAAUAUACUCUCAAGAAAAGAAACAUUUCCUUGUUAAAUCAUAAAAAUUUGACUUGACACUCUGUGCUUACUACCUUUUUGGAAAGGCACUGAUGGUCCUCCAGUCACAGAAAAAAAAAACUGCAGACAUGUUUGAAAACUCAAAGGGAGCUAUUCCCUUUACUGAUAACUGGAUGUGUAUAACAACAGUUUUCAAAGAUGCAGAUAAAUGAGUGACACGCAUGAAAUGUGCUGAGCAAGUUUGGGCUGGAAACUCUCGCUGCAGCCGAUCAUUGGUCGGCCUCAGCAACCAUGUUCUUAUACUCUACCAAUCACAUGCACACAUCACUAGUGGAGCAUCCGUUUUAAACCAAGAUUAAAAACCUCUCCAAUGCUGCUCAUUGUUUGUGCUGCUAAAACAAUUGCUGCACUAAUAAAUGCUCUGAGAAUUGCUACUCACUCUCCACCACCCCAGCCUCCACCUGUUGUUUGGAUUUGUUUCUGUGUACUCGGAGGUUUUGGUAUAUUUCCUACUCAGUAGGGGAGGUAUACUGUGCUUUCUCUUUGAUAGAUUUAGUGCUUGUUGGUGUGUGUAACAGAAAUACCUAAAUCAGAUCCAUUCAGCACCAAACUUAAAUAAUUGUUCUGCAUCUUCAUAAAAAUAUUUAAAUACAUGAGUUUUCCUGACUAAAAUGUCAGAAAUGUAGAAUGCAGCAGGAACAAACCAGGGAGGCAUUGUGAGAUUAUAGUGAAAUGGUUUUUGGAGGGUAGAUGUUUCUCCCAUGGUUUUGUCUGGUCUUCAUACAUUUUUGAGAUUUUUGACUGCGCCCAUCAUAAUUUGAAGGUUUUGAAUUCCUAACUUUGUUCCUGAAAACUCACUAGCUUAAAUUGUGAUUCUCUACAUCCAUUUGUUCUAAGGUAGAUAAGUAUUAUUUUUUGUUGUUGUUAUCUUGAAAUAGUGAUUGGACAAUGUGAUGGCUCCAAUAAACCAAUGAGAGGUAAAAUUA